AUGAUGAAUGCGUAUCCAGGUCAGACCUGGCGCUCAGAGCCAUACGUCGACGCUGUAUCAUCGCGAAGCAGCUGCUGGGAUAUGAAUGCGCCUUCGCAGCGCCCUGUCGAUGCCUUUGACGAUGCACGGCAACGCACACAACAGCCUAUUGUCACCGGUACCUCGGUGCUGGGCCUGCUUUACAAGGACGGUGUGAUGCUGGCGACUGAUACGCUGGCAUCGUACGGAUCGUUGGCGCGCUUCAUGAAUAUCCAGCGUUUGGAGGCUGUGGGGCAGAACACCGUGAUUGGUGCGAGUGGUGAUAUGAGCGACUGGCAGAAUAUCCAGCACACGCUGACCAAGCUCAUUGAAAAGGAAGAAAUCGAGAACGAUGGCCAUGCCCUCACCCCAGCGCAAGUGUAUGCAUACCUCUCCCGUACGAUGUACGAGCGCCGCUCCAAGCUUGAUCCCUACUGGAAUGCGCUCGUCCUGGGCGGCUUUGAUUCCAAGACCAAUAAGCCAUUCCUUGGGUAUGUCGACCUGCUUGGCACGACGUACCAAAGCUCGACCAUUGCCACCGGCUUUGGCUUGCACUUAGCCCAGCCGAUGCUGCGUAAGGCCGUCGAGGGCAAGGAAGCAACGCUAACCGAAGAGGAGGCGCGCUCGAUUCUCGAGGAUUGCAUGCGUGUACUCUUCUACCGUGACGCUCGCAGUCUCAACAGGUUCCAAGUCGCCAAAGUGACCAACGACGGUGUGCACAUAUCCGAGCCGUACAGUGUGUCGACAGAAUGGGGCUUUGCGGAAGGUCUGCGUGGCUAUGGCCCACAGACGCAGUAA